UCCGUACGUGUGGGGACCAGAAUAUCUGAAAGGCAGAAAGUUAAUAUGUUGCCGAAACGACAGCGUUUUGAUCUUCUUAACCCCCCCGCCACGCAACGUGUUGUUGAAGUCGCGCCCUAAAACACAAAACCCUGUCGGCGGGUGAAAUUACCGAAUUGGACUGUCGCUCCGAUUGUUCGUUUCUUGAUUCUUCUUCUCUCGAAUUUCCAGAGCUUCCUUCCAGUCACAAUUCUAAAAGAAAAUCCCAAACCCAAGUUCUGGAGCUUCAUCGUUCACAGUAGCCAAACACCUCUAAAAUGCGAAAUUUUUGCUUGCUUGGUCUGCUUCGGAGGUGUUUGGUGUCGUCGUUGGCUGCAGAGUCGACCGUUGAUCAAGUUGAUUGGCCACGGAGGCUUUCGUCAUUGAGCGAGGCAUUGUAUCGAACACAUGGUUCGCCUUCUUGUGGUUCUGUAGCUGGUUUCGCUACCUCAUUGGGAAAUCGUUAUUUCCAUGCCUCAGGGUUUUGCUGCGCACCUGAAAGAGACUACUAUGAAACUCUCAGCGUUUCGAAAAGCGCAAGCAGAGAUGAGAUAAAAAAGGCUUUUCGUGUGCUUGCCAAGAAGUACCAUCCAGAUGCAAAUAAGGACAAUCCUUCUUCUAAGAGAAAAUUUCAAGAAAUAAGAGAUGCCUAUGAGACUUUGCAAGAUCCUGAAAAGAGGGCACAAUAUGACAAGAAGCGCUCAAGUGGGUCAGAAAACGUAGGGUAUACUGCUGGGGAUGCAGAGGGGUUCAGAUAUGAUAAUGAAACUCAUGGUGCUGCUGGUGCAGAAGGGUUUAGAUAUGGUUUUCAAACUCAUUUUACCAGUUCAUUCCAUAAAAUAUUCUCAGAGAUCUUUGAACAUGAGUUCGAUCAAGUUGCAGCUGAUAUUGAGGUGGAGCUGUCACUCUCUUUCUCUGAAGCUGCUAAAGGAUGCACAAAGCAACUCUCUGUCAAUGCACACGUUCCCUGUGAUUCUUGCCAUGGGCGUGGCUCUCCACUAAAUGCCAAGACCAAAGUUUGUCCUACUUGCAGAGGUAUUGGGAGAGUUACAGUUCCUCCAUUCACAUCAACAUGCAGUACUUGUAAAGGGGCGGGCAAAAUAAUCAAGGAAUCUUGCAUCUCAUGUGGAGGGUUAGGGGUUGUUGAAGGCACUAGAAAGGUUAAAGUUUCGAUACCAGCAGGUGUGGAUUCUGGAGAUACAAUCCGUAUUCCGGAGGCUGGGAAUAGUGGGGUACGAGGAGGUCAACCAGGCUGUUUUUACAUUAAACUAAAGGUUUCUGAAGAUCCUAUCUUUGCUAGGGAUGGUGCAGAUGUUUAUGUGAACUCUAAUAUUAGCUUUACGCAAGCUAUUCUUGGUGGUAAGGUUGAGGUACCUACUUUGUCUGGGAAGAUAGAAGUAAAAAUACCAAAGGGGGUUCAGCCUGGACAACAUAUUGUACUAAGAGGAAAAGGACUGCCAAAACAUGGUUUUAUAGUUACCCAUGGAGAUCAAUAUGUGCACUUCCAAGUUAGAUUUCCCACUGAAAUAAACGAACGCCAACAUGCUAUAUUAGAAGAGUUUGCAAGGGAGGAAAUUAUGCAUGGAAACAGCACUUCCAAUAAAAGAGAUUGGUUUCAGCGAAUACUUGAACAUGUUUCGGAGCCUUGGUUUAUGCUUGAACUCUCGGUAUUCAUAUUGCUCCUUUUGUUGCUGAACAAAUCCAUGGGCUGAAUGCUGGCUCCAGGCAAUUUUGAUCAAGAUACAUAGACCAAUUGUCAGUGAUAUAGAGAUUGCUGCCUUUUCCAUUCGUUGCAGUUCUGUUAAUUAAAGGAUGAAAGUCGAUACAGGUUAAUUAGAGUCAUUGAGGCUUUACAGGAAGGAAAAUAUUGUACAUUGCAAAAUAUUUUGGUAAUUUUACAAUUCAAAUUAUAUGCCAUAUUUUAAAUGUUUGACGUCCAAAAACAUAUCUUGCUCUUUUUAUUUGGGACUAAUAUAUGGGACCUUGUGGAAAAUAACUUGUUGAACGAGAUGGGUACACUGUGUGCACUAUGGCAACGUGCACAUAUGAUGCA